GGGCAGAAUGCGGGAGGUGUGCCCACUCUUCUGGGGCUGCGGGGGACUACUCGAAAAACUGGGUGUCUCCCGCAGAAUACGGGAGAGUAGAAAGGACAUUAUGGUGGUUCUGAAGAUCUCGUCGCUCCUCGCUGUCCUGGGGUUGGUGGUUUGCCAGAUGUACAGCUCCCAGGCAUCGCCAGUCAGACCCGGCUUGGAGUCGUUACCAGACAGGGUGACAGUCAGUGACUAUGAGGCGCGGAGGUUACUUAACGCACUGGUGAAGGAAUUUGUACAGAUGACGGCAGAGGAGAUGGAGCAGGAGAGCGAUGGGAACAGCAGCGUGGCGACGCAGAAACGGGCGUGUAACAUGGCGACAUGUGUCACCCACCGCCUGGCAGACUUCUUGAGCCGGUCAGGAGGAAUGACGAAGAAUAAUUUCGUGCCCACCAACGUCGGUUCCAAAGCAUUUGGCAGGCGAAGACGAAGCCUUCACAUCUAAACUUAGCAAUGACAUCAGGAAUACGAUUGCCAUGAAAAUGAGACAUCAACUUUCUUCCAAAAACAUCAAGAAGGCCAAAUGAAAAUAUUUUGCAUCGUACUAGACAAAUCCAUGUUUGUUUGUUUUUAUUUUUGUCUUCCUUUUAUUUAUUUUUUAAAAACAUUGCUAGCGCUGUUCUGUUAUUUAUUGUAAAAAAAAAAGAUGUAUUUAUUACAAUAAAAUUAUAUUCUUUUUUAUAUAUAUAUAUAUAUAUAUAUUAUAUUUCAAAAUGUGAUGGCAUCCUUUGAUUCUUUAUAUUCCGGCAUACAUACGCAAUGUGACUCAUGCUGCUUAUAACGGUGACUUUGCGACACUCGGGGAUUACACAAAUUAGAUGGCUCUCUGUGACGGAUGGUUUGAAGUAUGGUGUGCCGUGCCUUGAUGUACCAUUGGACUGACAUGAUUGUACAGUAUGUUCAAAAAAAUAUAUAUAUAUGAAAACUUAAACAUUGUAUCAAUUGUGUAUUUCA